AUGCCAGACCAUAACGAAACUGAACAACAAGAAGAAUUCUCCUCCGCAUCACCAUCAUCAUCAACGGCAACAACCUCUUCUAAGAAGCAACAACAACAAAAGAAAACCACCUCUAAAAGACGACAACUCAAAAAGUCUUCGUCGACCCCUCAAACCGAAUCGCAAGAUGACAUUGAAGACAAUAACGAGCUUACUCCUAACGGCACUACUACCUCAGACACAACCACCACUACGACCUCUCUCAACAACAGCAACAGACAAUGGAUAAAGGAUGAAACCGUCCAAAACCAACAAACAGCAGCCUAUUCCAUUCUCGUUGGUAUCACUACUCGUGAUGAGUCCGAGCCUGUCUAUGACACUCCCUGCAAAAUGUACUCUUCUCUCAGAUAUAAACUCCAAUACAAGUGUACGGUGAACGUGGAUGGUAAUGAAUUGAAGGAGAACCCCAAACUUUUAAUGUGUCGUGUUACAGUAAUUGAUGAAGAUUCUGCGAAGGAAAUUAAAAAGGAUGGAAAGGCCAUCAUUGAUGAUUCUCUCAUCUCUCUCAAGCAAACCUCCUCGGGGGGUGCUCUCUCCUUUGAAGCCACACACAAAAUCAAGUUUAAAGAUGUGAGUUUCCAUUAUAACAAGAGCAAAUGGAGACUCUUGCUUCAAUUAUUUUCCGAUGCUCAUGGAUCAAUUAGUACUCCAGUUGUUGUGCUCAAGUCAGCUCCAUUUCUUGUCUAUGCAAGAAGACCUAAGGUCUCUGAGAGAGGAGCCUCCGAUGGUUUGUUAACAUCGGGAAUGAACUCUUCGUCACAACAAGCUUCUUCGUCCAGUGGUAGUACUACCUCUAGUAGCACUACUGCUUCCAAUAGUGAUGCCAAUAAUGAAACCACCGAAAGUUCAGGAGCUCAUGUAGUGGCCAAUGCUCUUCUCAAUCAAGCCUCUGGAGAUAAGAAGAAGAAAAAGAAGGGGUGCUGCUCAUAUGGAUUUGAAGAAGAGAAAGCGUUCAACCUCCAUGGCUGGUAA